AUGUCUCCUUCAAAGACUCCCCCGCACAAGCUCGUCUCGCUGCGACACAUUUCCCGGCUCGAGCGUCUCACCUCCAGCGACAGUUUCGAGGUCGCCAUGGUGGGAGGCUGGCCAAUUGUCGUACCCUGGGGCCAGUUUUUCUUGAAUCAGAUGGUCCUCUACUUCGAAAUUGACAGUUUCCUUCCAUUUGACGAUAACCGCUUCGUGCCGUACCGUUCAUCGCAUUUACGCGCCGACCUUUAUGGGAAAACGGGCUGGGUCGUCCAAACCGUCAUGAUAGACGGCCACGUUUCACAGGGCAUGGUCUUUUGUAAGGACGAUUUCGAGGAGGUUCUCUUGGUCAAGGAAAUGAUAGAAGACGAGUGCGACUCGGACGGCCCUGAUCGCGCAAAGAGAAUUGACGCAGAGAUGUUGAAGUUUGACUUUACAGACAACUUCAAUGUCCAGAGAUGGACCACAUUCUAUGGAGGGCGCGAUCUGGGACGACCGCCCUGUUUCCUUCCCGAUAACAAACUCAAGCGAGCCCAGAACUUGAACUUGCCCAAACUCUGGCAGACACACGGAGACAAGGAAUUUGAGAUUACCGAGCUCCUCGAUGGAAUUCCGAUCAUGGCCUACAAGGCCACUGAGGAUGGGAAUUACAAGGACCUUCCUGGAAUGCUCGUGGGUGACAGCAAUGGGCUCCUUCUCAAGAGGUCUGGAGUGGGCAUCAGUAUUGGAGACCAUGACUACGAAGAGACCAAGGACUCGAGCAGUUGGGCGGCUUUGAGAAGCCAAGGCCUUAUCGAUGCGCUAAGUAAAGAUCCGUAUUAUACCAAAGACAUGGUCCUGUCUGGGGUUCUCUGUGGCGUGGGGAUCUCGGGCAAUUCUCACGAGAUCAGUGGUCGCCGAUUCUACGUGCAUUCUAUUUCCGAACCCGGCCUCAGACGGUUCAACAGUCGAGAUUCUGAAAUAUGGCGGAACAGACUGAACCACACUUUCGACCUGGUCCCGACCAUUUCUCGGCGGAUAAGGUUGUCAGCAUUCGCGGAGAACAUGGACGAGCUGGUGGCGAAGGCAGCAGGCGACAGCUUCGUGUUACACGACAAGCACGAGGGCCAGCGGCCAAAGCGCAAGGGGCUUGUCUUCAGGGCAGUCAAUGGAUCACUGAGCUUCAAGGUGAUAUCGGACGCAUGGCUACUGGAUGAGACCGAAAGGCUUCGAGAUUCGGACGGAGACACCAUAUGCCGGCCAGGUCCAAAGGAUUGCCUUUGA